UUGUUUGUUUGUUUGUAUUAUAGCCAGAGGAACCUGGCAGAAAUCACAGAGCUGAUCCACACUGCUUUCCUGGUGCAUCGAGGGAUUGUAAACCUGAAGGAGUGGACCGUCUCAGACGGACCACUGAAGGACAUGGAGUUUGGGAAUAAGAUGGCUGUCCUGAGCGGCGACUUCCUGCUGGCGAACGCUUGUACCGGACUGGCCCAGCUCAAUGACACGAAGGUCGUUGAACUGAUCUCCAGUGCCAUCGGGGAUUUAGUCCAAGGAAUAUACUAUGAGAGUUCCUACAACGCUGAGGACGGUCUCGGCGAGGGCGUCGACGUGACGUCCUGGGAGGAUCAGACGUUUCUGUCCCACGGGGCACUGCUGGCCAAGAGCUGUCAGGCCGCCAUGCAGCUCGCUAAACACGACAGAGAGGCCCAGAGACUGGCCUACCUGUAUGGAAAACACCUGUCGCUGGGCCACAAGCUGAACUCUGACCUGCAGCCGUUUGUGGAGAGCAGGCUGGGGGAGAUGACACCGAUCAGUCUGAGCGCCGCCCCAGUGGUCUUCCACCGUCAGAUCGUCGGGAAAGAGAGGUGGCACCAGCAGCUCCAGGAGGCAAGGACCUUGAGAAACCAGUUGGACUAUACGAAGCUCCUGGCAGCGGUGAAGUCGGAGAAAGGCGUGAGCUCGGCGGUGGACUUGUGCCGUUACCAUAGCAACAGGGCUCUGGAGGCCAUCCAGGCUUUCCCCUCCUCCGAGGCUCGAUCCGCCCUGGAGAACAUAGCCUCCGCCGUCACCAAAUUCUGACCCAGACGUACGCGUAGAGAGAGAGAGAGAGACGCUGCUGCUCUGUGGAGCGCCGAGUGUUUCGUGUUGGUCAGGAUGCUGUCAUCGUGUUUUUUUUGUUUUGUUUUUUUUUUUUAGCUCAGAAACUCCUACAACCGUUCAUCAUCGAAUAAAAACUCCUCACUCCAUCUUUCUGCCGGACGUUUUUUUUUUUUUUUUUUUUUUGCAACACAACGAUACUCCCCCUCUCCUGCUCGGAGAAAAUAUACCGGCUGGCGCUCUUUAUUGUCACCUGGCUUAUCAGCAAAGCCACAUACCGCACUGAACAUCAUUUAAGAUGUUUUGAUGAAUCGUUAGUGUCAUCUGGAAAAUGUGCCAUGAACAGCAAACGAGGCACCGAGGAGUACUUUAUUCUCAAAGAUUUCCUGUUUUUCCCCCCCAGCUAUGUAACCUGCUUGUUAGUGCAGAGAUGAUGCUAAAGACUGCAGCUGCUAAACGUUUGUGCAAUUUGCCAAACCGAACAUUUUCACAAAAGAAAACAAGUCAGUUUUUUUUUUUGUUUUUUUUUUACCAGUUAAGCUGCAAAGAACUGCUUUUCUGCAGCGGCGUGACUCGGGUGAAUCAGGAGUCAUAAUGUCAUCAUCGUUGCCUUGUUAUGUCAGUCCCGACGCCUGUUUAUCUGUCAAUGUGUGUGUUUGUGUGUGUGUGAGAAAGAGAGAUUUGAGGCAACCCAGGGGCGGGGAAAGGUCACCCAAACCUUCUCCCCUAUGGGCCAGCCAGGGAGCGCAUUGAAGCUCCGCCAAGCAGUAAUUAUUAAUGAAGAGACCUGAGCAAAUGGACAGGAAAUGCAGAGGUAUUGAUUGGGCCGCUUGCCCUGCUCUAAGCCGUACAGACUGGCGCCAGCCUGGUGGCCUGUGGUUUCCCAGGCUGAUGUCUGUGGAGGGCAUGGGGGGGGACAACUAAGGUGUGAAACCAGGCCACCGCUGGCAGCUGUCCGUCACAUACCGGCUGCACCUGAAGGACAAGAGUGUACAAAGACGGGACGUAGAAGAAAAGUCUCGUCUCCGCAAAAAGAAAACUGUUACGCAGAAUGUAAUUCACAAAUCGUUCAGAGUCUUUAUUUAACUGUAAAAUGGCACAAAGAAAACAAAAUAAAAGUAUGAAUGGAGAUCCUUUUCAAAAC